UAUUUAUGUUCUGUGGUGUAAAGUUCAAAGUUCUCUCAACAAUAACAUUUAUUGAGGGCUAUUUUGAUUAAAUUUUGUUUUUAGGGCUCAUAAAGCUUGAUUUGACAAGCCUGAUGUUUCUAAGCACUUGAAAUUUCAAAUAACAAUUUCAAGAUGAUGCAACAGUAUUUAAAAGAAUUGGAGCAAGAGCCCUUUGACCCAGAAGAAUUUGUAGAACGUCUUGCAUGGAGAACUAUUGCUGAAACCAAAACCGAUGGAGACGAGGAUGAUUUAAAUCCUACUUUUUUACAUGAAUCUUUUGUACAGGCCAUAAAAGAUUUAACUUUGCUAGAAGAGAGACAACAGAAAAAGUGUGAGAGAUUAGAGGCAGCAGUAAAGGAAGAUGAGGCGAUGUUUUUUCAAGAAAUAUAUAAUUUGCUGGAGCAAAAUAAGCUAUCAAACGAAACUUUUCAAGAGUUAGACAGCAAAAUAAACCAUGUGGCGACAAAAGUGCUGCACCUGGGUGACCAGUUGGAUAGUGUUAAUGGUCCCAGAGCCCGUGUCGUGGAGGCUUUGAAGCUGAUGAAUCAUUUAAGUGAGUUUUUUAACAAUGGCCCCCUCACCAGCUCUAUUUUUAAUGAUCCUUAUAGAAUUGAUGAGGCAGCAGAUGUAAUCCAGAAACUUUUUUUGAUAUCUCAGGAUCUGCCAUCACCAAAGUUUGAAGCUGUUAAAAGAAAAAUUGAAAGAACAUAUUCCGAUAUUGAAAAGGCACUUAUAGAUGAUUUUGUAACGGCAAUGAGUAGAGAAGACUUAACUAGAAUGAAAGCUAUUGCUAAUGUCCUGUCACAGUUUAAAGGUUAUAGCCAGUGUGUUGAUGCUUAUAUAGAUCAAAGUCAAGCUAGUUGCGUAUUAAGCAAAGACGUGUUUUCCCACCUGGUGCCCCUGUGCAAACAUAAUUAUGACAUAAUAAAGGAAGUUUUUAGAAACCCGGAUCAAGUGAUGGCGAAGUUUGUGCUAAAUUUGUACCAGUUGAAGUUAUCUGAGUAUAUUGAGUCAAGACUAAAUGCUAAAAUUGGAACGUAUGCUUAUUUGGAGAUAUUAUACGAGUUAUAUUCUAAGACGAAUCAGUUUUCCAAUGAACUGAGCGUAUACAAUUUAGGAAAUGAUCAAAAUUAUUUGCAAAAACUCACCACAAAGAUAUUUAGCAAAUAUAUCAAAGAUUAUAUAAAAAUAGAGUUAAAAUGGUUAAAAGAGCGUUCAAGUAGCACUUUACAAAAAUAUUAUGAAAGCAAAAAUCAUCAUAAGAAACCUAUACAAAGUGGAGGUUUUCAAGACUUGAGAAGAGAUUUACAAGCGGUUAUAGGUACUAGAGCAAACAUAAACAUUGCACAAAUAGAAAACUAUGGGGGCGAAACAUUUUUAAGCGAAGAAUGUGCCAUUAUGAUUUUGCAAGAUACUAAAAAUGCCUUUAUGAGAUGCCAGCUACUUUCAUUUGCUUCGACAAACGAAGCUAGUUACGCGGCAGCCAUCUUAGACAUUCUAGUUAAUAGUUUACUGAUAGAGCAUGUAGACUAUGCGGUGGAGCUGGGUCUACAAGGUAUUCCUGUUGUAGAAGGAGCUAAAAGUCAACCGGUUUUAUAUUUUUUUACUAUUAUUCAUCAGUGUAAUAAUAUUAUCCAUUUGGUGGAGAAGCAGUUUAUUGACUUGGUUAUGCCAUUAGUCAGGAACUCUCCAUAUUACACCAACAUUUGUAAACAAAAAAUCGAUUUCACCUUGGAUGAUAUUAAAAGAAAAAUAAACGUAGGCUUGGAUAGAUGCCUAACUGCAAUUACUGCUUGGGUUAAAUUAUGUCUACAAGCUGAACAAAAAAAGAAUGAUUUUAAACCGGAAACUGACGAUUUCGAUACAGUUUCCUCUCAGGCUUGCAAAACCGUUUGUCAGUACAUAAACGGCGUUAUAAUAAAGCAAAUCAAAGCGAAUUUAGAUGGCAAUAAUGUAACUGCGGUCCUAGAAGAGUUGGGUAUCAGACUGCACCGAACAAUUUAUGAUCAUCUUUUACAGUUUCAGUAUAAUACGGCUGGCGCCAUGGUGGCAAUUUGCGAUUUGAACGAGUACAGAUCUUGCACGAAAUCGUUGGGACCAUUGGUGACUGAAUUGUUUGAAACUUUGCAUGCCUUGUGCAAUUUAUUGCUGGUGAAACCAGAAAAUUUGCAUCAAGUAUGUUCGGAAGACUCGCUGGUGAACUUGGAUAAGUCGAUUCUGCAUAACUUUAUUCAGCUUAGAAGCGACUUUAAAGCCCAGAAACCCACUAUAUUUAAGAGUUAAUAUUAGUUAUAUGUUAUUAAAGUAAUUUUUUCUAUAUUACAUUAGUGCAUACCGACAA